AUGUCUACCCCAGCUGUAGCUAUCAUUUACACCUCUAAUGGUCCGGUAGAGACCGCAUUGUCUGCUCUUCACCACACCCUUCCAGUCCCUAUCGGCACCCAGGUACUUGCCGAAACCGUCUGCUCUCCAAUCAACCCCUCCGAUGUACGCCAGGUCACUGGUGCCAACCCCUUCAAACAGAAAGCCACCACCAAAUUAGGAACAGACCACCCGGUUACCGUUGGUGGUAAUGAGGGCUUGUUUCGCGUGCUCCAGGUGGGGAAAGACUCACCCUUGAAGGCCGGUGACUUGUGCAUUCCUCGCGUUCCGGGUCUUGGCACCUGGAGAACCCAUAUUUUGUGUGACCAAACCGACUUAGUCUGCGUUCCUUCUAGUUUAACCGUCGAGCAGGCAGCGACAAUCGGGGUGAAUCCGCUAACAGCUUACCAGCUCCUCACCCAGUUUGUCGAUUUACAGAAAGGCAAUUGGGUGCUUCAGAAUGGCGGGAACUCCGCGGUGGGAAAGCUCAUCACCCAAAUGGCCAGGAUUAUGGGGGUUAACACGAUAUCUGUAGUUCGUGAACGAGAGGACUUUGAGAGUGUCGCCGAGGAGUUGAGGGAUUUGGGAGCCACUCAGGUGAUUACUGAUACACAGAACCAGGAUCUCACAUUUUCCGUGGCCGAGUGGAUUGGCAACUCCUCCGUUCGGAUCGCCUUCAACUGUGUUGGCGGAACUUCUGCCAGUGCAUUAGUGAAGAAGCUAUCCCAGGGUGGGACCCUUGUCACCUACGGGGCGUUGAACGGGGCCGAUCUGGUUAUUCCGUUCGCCACCCCAGAGUUUGUAUUCAAAGGAAUUGUCGCUACUGGGUACUGGUUGACUGCCAAUAUCAUGCGUGAUCCCGAGCUGAAGAUCAAAACAUUGGAGAAGGUUUACCGGUAUUAUCAACAGGGCUUGUUGAAGGCACCGUCGUUUAGCAAGGCGAGAUGCUCUUUUGAAGAUUUUGCUCACUGCUAUCAAUAACAAGUCGGGGAAGCAGGCUCUUUCUUUUGAAUAAAGGCAGGAAUAUUUAAGCAUAGCUUCGUAGCUAUUCACGUAUCCUUUGUGUAAAGCGUGUAAUAAUCUCUACACCAACCGGUGCAAUAUAUAGGUAUGGGC